AUGUCGCUCCCUUCAAACGUCCAUGUCUCUAAGCACCCGUGCUUGGUAGCUAAGCUAAGUCGUCUACGGUCUAAGAGUACAGAGUCGAGAGAAGUCAAGUCUUUAAUAAAUGACAUCUCUUUGAUCCUCGGAUGCGAAGCUCUAGCUGCAUCAUUGACGCCUGUUGAUGGGCCAAAGGGCGAGACUCCCAUCGGGUACGAAUACACUACCACGACUCUACGGCCGGAAGCCUUAUCAAUAGUCCCUAUCCUUAGAUCAGGACUUGGUAUGGUAGAAGCGGUACAAACUCUACUUCCCGAACCCGUCCCCGUACACCACUUAGGCUUGUACCGAGAGCCCAGCACGCUCGAGCCCGUCGAAUAUUACAACAACCUUCCGCAUCACGUCUCUACUUCGGCAAGCGAGCCUGGAACGAACGCGUCGAGUCUGGCUAUCAUCGUAGACCCCGUCAUUGCAACCGGAGGAACUUGUGUGGCUGCUAUACAGACGCUCAAGGAGUGGGGUGCUAAGCGCAUUAUUGUCCUAUCUGUCAUCGCAGCCGCCGAUGGUGUGCGGCGCGCUGCUGAGGAGUGGCCUGAGGGUGUGGAUAUAUGGGUUGCAGGCGUCGACGCUGAGCUUACACCGAAUGGUAUGCUAAAGCCGGGUGUAGGAGAUGUAGGAGAUCGCUUGUUCUUGACAAUAGGAAAGUAA